AUGGCAUCCCCGGCACCCGAAAUCGCCAUCGCCGGCCACCUCAACACUGUCCUGAAAAAUGGACAAAUCGAUAUCCCAGCAACACAAAAGAAAGCACAAGAGCUGGCCGAGAGCGGAAUUUCUGCAAUUAUCCUGCUAGGGUUCACCGGCCGGUACCUUGGACACACUUCGCGGAAGAUACUGCUGUGCACAGUACAUGACUUGCUUUUUUUUCUUGGCUACGAAUAUGUGAAAUUGAUUAUCGGAUGCGGCGGGGCUGAUGUGCAGGAAACUCUGGAGUAUAUCUCCGAGGCGAAAGAUUACUUCGCCGGUUAUGCACUUGUUUUGGCACCGGUCAACCUGGAUCGCGAGGCGCACGCCUCUGAAAUCGAGGAAUUCUUUACACGGGUCGCGUGGAAAUCAGUACUUCCAGUCCUCAGAUUCGGUCCCAUGGACCGGAUGGGGGAACUCACAAUCCUGCCAUACUCGAUUCCCUCUCUCAUCCCGUAA